CCCACCGCGUGCUCUCUUGCGGUUUCCUUUUGCCUGUCAAAUAAUUGCCCCGGGAGGGCAGCUCCCCUGGCUGGGCUCCAGCGGCUGUCCACGAGCACCCCGUGGCGAGAGCCGUCCUCACGCAUUCUCGGCCCGGCCGUGAGGUCACAGCGGGACUGUGAGGUCACAGAGCCCCGCGGUGAUGCGCCAGACAUAAGCACCGACCGCUCAGCCCCUGGCCCUCACUGCGGCGGCGGCAGCAGCAGCAGCAGCAGCAGCCGCAGCAGCAGCAGCAGCGUCACGGUGCGAAUGCAGGGAGCCAUGGCCCCUGCGCGCCGCCUCCUCGUCCUCCUCGUCCUCGUGGUGGCCCUGCAUGUCAGGGCUGUCUGGGCUGCUCCGUGGCGAGCACGGGGAGCAGGCGAGGGUGGUGGCAGUGGUUAUCCAGCUUCUCGGCUGGAUGCUGGUUUGGAGCCCUUGGGGCAUCCUGCAGAUCCUCUCGAAGUCGGCGGCUUCCCGACUUCUCGGUCCGUUCCUGUCCGCGAGCCCGAGAGCAACCCCUCAGAGACGGACCGAGAGGCUGUGCAGAAGGAGGUGUUUUCGGGAGGAAGCAGUGGCUCACUGCCAGUCUCCGCUGCAGGACCGGAGGCGAGGCAGGCCCCUGGCACACCAGCGCUGCCAAAGCCCGGAGAAGACCACCGCGGCAGCGUAUAUGGAUUUCCUCGAGCGGACUCAGACGUGGUCAGCGAGAGAAGCACGAGUGGUGACGAGCCCCAGAGCCCCGGCAGUGUCCUCUGUCCCCAAGAUGUGCGGAGGCGCUGUAUGAUAGGCACGGCAGUACUCAUGGUUGCCCUGCCACUUGGAAUAGUCUUCUGCUGUGUCAUGAUCCGGCGGCGGAGGAAGAGGAAACAGCGUGCCGCUGCCGCUUCAGGCUACCGCUCGCGCUCGGACAGCCGGACCAGCCACCCCGGCACCGCCGAGAGAUGGAACCAAAGACAGCAGCCGACGGUCCUGCCUGGAAAACCGGCGCGCCCGGCCUCCCCGCGGCCCCCGCGGCCCCCCAGCCCAUCCCUGGCGGCUCUGCUCCAGCGGGACGAGGCCAGCACCUUCCAGGCCCAACCAACACGGCCAUCCCGCCCCCAGAGCACGUUUCUCUGACCCUCCAGCAGGGGCUGAAGGCGGCCCCGCCGGGGUAGGGCUUGGGUGUGCGCUGAGAGAAGCCCUGCCGACAGCCGCAGGUUCAGCCCUUUGUUUCAAAAUAAAGAGGGACAGAGCUGUCAGGCAAGUGUCCGUGUGCUACCAACAGCAAGCCCCGCGCGGCACCAGCACUGGCUGAGCUCCGCGCCCGGGCGCAGCCGCGGAUGCCCACGGUGUCGGCAGGCGGGAGCCGGGCACGCGGCUCCCCCGACCGGCGCCAGGCCCCCAGUGGGGGAGCCCAUGGCCAUGGCCAGCAACAGACAGCGACACCAGCCUCACCGACGUACGGUGCGGGAGGCAGUGGCGGGAGUCCGACCUGGCCAGUCGCACGGACUGGCGCGGGAGCGUCCGUCGGGUGAGGGAACAUUUAUCGCAGCGGGAUCAUCUGGCCGUGGGCCUCCUCACAUGGGAUACCCAGGACAAGAGGGAAGCCAUCAAGAACAUCGCCAGGGACAGAAGCCUGCCGAGCCAAUGCACUGCAGGCACAACAAAGGUCCUCGCCGAUUGCCUUGACGGGCCCUAACUGAUGGGCCAUCACCAACUGGGGGUGCUGCAAAGUAUGUCCACACCUGGGUGCUGGGCCUCCUGUUAAGGCACGCCCUGAGGGAGGCCUUUACUGCCUUGGCCGUACCAAAGUGGUGGCCACCCCACUGCUUGAACAGCGUGUUGAAAGGCUGGCUGGAGCAUUUGUAAGAGUUCAGCUGCGUGCUAAGGCUGCGGCCACUCCUCACAGGACACUGAAGCAGAACACCCGUUUAGAGCCAAGGCCGUUCGUGAGUACAGAGAGGGCAGUUCUGGGGGGGUGCAACAGUAAGCACAUGGCUUUUGAGUCUAAAGGGUGGCUGGGUCUGUUGUUAGUGCUGAGGCCUUGGCUUAGAUCACGGUUACUAUUGCCAAGAAAGUGUAAAAGUACCGAGGGGGAGAGGGGAUUGCCGCUUCUCCCCGAGA